AUGACGAGUUUGGGCGGGAGCUCGCUACUCUCGUUGACGAAUUCUAGUCCAGUAGUACCGCUGGAAUGUUGCCAGAUGGUUGGACUUGUUCUCUUAUCAUCAUCUCGAGUAUCAUAUUUGCGAUGGCAGCUAGGGUACAAACUUACAGUUGAAGACUUUUCAUGGGCUUUGAUGGGUUGCCGGUGUCCCACUCUCAGGAUGUGCGUGAUCUCGUCAUUUGACCUGCUUACUGACGCUGAUGGUGCCGCGGUUGCGUCCCACUCUCAGGAAUGCCCUGGCCAUGUCCUGCUCUCACAUGGCCCUCUGCUUAGUGUUCCCCCAUCUUUCGUGCUCUACCAUCAAUGUAACUCAGCACUGAGCUUCUGCCAUCUAUUGUCAACGGAUUCAUGCGCACGUUGCUUCCGGUGCCCUUCAGUGACCCACGCAGUUCAUCUCAUCUAUGGCUCCAAGGCCAACGUGGUGUGCGAUCUCGAGACGGACGAGGCGUUGAUGUUUCUUGACAUUGACGCAAUGCCAGAGUCGGAGGAGUAGUAGGUGACGAGCGCUAGUAGUAAAAUUGACUAGGAUUCGCCUGAAUUUGAUUUUUUUCGCGAUGUUCGAAUUGGAUCUAAUG